AUAACCUAUCAGCAAACUACUACAACCAUCUCCGAAACCACAUGUAUGAAUGUACAUCUUUCCAUUUGCCGUCACAUGUCACACUGAGACAGGAAUCAGGUUUUAGAAGGAAAUGAGAGUUUCAGUAGCAGAUGAACCACUCGACACACACACGCAGGCCUGAGAGAUGAAUGAGAGGGGCAAAAGUCUUCACUGAAACACACCAGACGGUGUCACACAGUAUGAACGAGCUGGUUCCAGUCAUCAAACCCUGCACAACCUCCCCAACAGGAUGAGGAGAAAAGGAGGAGGGAGCUUUGAUCAUCUAAAUCCCUCUUUCCAAUAAGAAAAAGAAGAAAGAAAAGAUAGAUACGGCUUGAAAGGAGGGAAUUAUGAAAACUCUUCUGCUCUUUCUUCCUGCUCUGCUUCAUGCUGGCCACCAUUCAAGUGACGGCGUGUCCUGGAACCCAAAACGACAGACUCCAAUGCGUGAAUGACUACAUAGAACAUCACGGUGUAUGUGGAACCAGCACAUAUGUGACCAGCUACACAGAUGCUGAGUGCUCAAUAAAUGUGAGAAGGGUCAAAACCAAGAAAAGGAAAUACUUCAGAGAAUACAACGCCUCCUGCAAGUUGAACUCCUUUGAUGUUGCCAAACCAGCACUGAAGAGAUGCAAACUGGUCUUCAACGCAGAUCGCAUUGUGAGAUUUGCGUCUGACCAUCUUUUGUCCAUUAAUCUAAUGUGUAACCCAACAAAUCAAAGUUUGAUUAACAUUUUCUACAAACCAGCUUGCCACGUAAAGCUGAGUUCUCCUGGAAGACCACAUAUCAACUUGACCACAGUUUCCUGGUCCCCAAUUGACACCAAUGACGACGAAGUAUUUACAACUUGCAUUUCACAAAUCCAGUGGAAACAAGAGGAUCAGUCAUGGACGAAUGCCUCUGUUCGUGAUAAAGAGAGCCAUUGCAGCUGGCAAGAAACUCAUCUGAACCCAGACUCGCUGGUACUCGGGGAGAAGUACGAGGCACGGGUUCGAGUCCAGGCCAAAGCAGACUGGAGCCAAUCAUACUGGAGUGACUGGAGCCCCAUUGCAUCAUGGACAUCAGCUAUAGGGAAAACAAAGCUAUCGCCAUCAGAUGGUCGUGGUGCACUGAAAUUGGAUAUUUUGGGUGGCACGGUUGGCGCAACAGUAUUUGCCUUGUGUCUGGUCAUUGUGCUCUUUAGGACAGACAAAACCACCUGGAUUUACAUAGUGAAGAAGAUCCGAGGUCCACCUUUACCAGAUCCGAGGAAGUCUUUCCUCCAUGAUGUCAAUUUCAAGGCAUGGCAUACCAGUAAUUUAUUCUAUUCUGUCUGGAAGCUUGAUUCUGAAGUUCUCUCUUCAGAGGUCACCAUUAUGGAUGGCACCACCCACUGUAGACCAGAGGCAGUACCACGAGACAAGAUGAGAUGCGAGAGCCAUUAUGAAUCAUCUAGUUCUAGCUUCUGCAACCCUAUUUAUUCCCACCUGUGUGUUCCAGCCGUCUUCCAUCUCAUGCCAGGUAAUUUAGAGCCAUGUCCUGCUGAUACGCCUUAUGGACCUGUUGGUCGUCAAGACAAUGGGAAAAGCGAAGAAGAGGACAUGGAGGAAGUGAGGAGAAAAGAUGUGGAGAUUCUACAGUUGCUCUCCAGAGGCAGCGGUGACAGCCAGCCUUUAGAAAUGUGUUCGGAUUAUAAAAGGGUUGAGAAGAUCGAAGCUGAACGCUGUGGUCUCCAGAGCCCAGAUUCAGGUAUGUGUAGUGGGGAAGAGGUCAGUCAAGAGAGCCUUGAAGAAGAAGAUGGGGUUGGUGUGACCACUGGCCAAGAAGAAAUUGCAAAGUCGUGUAGAAAAGAGCUUGAAUUUCAGAAGUUGCUUGGUAAGAUUGGCUCUGGAGGGUCCGUCCAGGUGUGUUCAGAUUAUGAGCAAGUUGCAAAGCCAGAGGUUAUGAAUCCCAGCCUCCAGAGUCCAGAUUCAGGUGUAGUUAGUGCAGGUGAGGAGCAGACGAGUCAGGACAACUUAGAAGAUGCCAAUGGCUCCACUGCAUCCACAACCUUCUUGUUUCCGUCACCCUCCAGUACUUUACCAAAUCCGUUGCUUUCUUUUCCUGCACUGCUUUUGAAGAGCUCCGGUGAAGGUUUCACUCCACCUCUGAACCCUUGCCCAAAACAUAUACUUGAGAUGAUUGGUCUGAAUUCAGCCACCAAGCCAGUGGAGCCUUCUGGUGAUGGAUAUAUGCCAGUGAGAGUGGAAGUAAACUGAAUCCAGAGGAACCUGUAGAGCUGGACCACUGCAAAAUCCAGUUCAAAUUACCGACACUGAUAACUUUGUGAGAUUGGUUUGAAUUUUUUUUUUCUUAUCAAAUAUCAGAUCAUUAAUGUGAUAACUUUUAUUUAAUAAGUGUAGCAUUUGUGAAAUUAAAGUGGAGUUUGAGAAACACUCAGGAAAAGGUUAUUUCAAUUAAUGUAUUUCCCUCAUACUAAUAUCAUUUUUUCUGAUAUUUUCAAUUAUGGCAGCUUAAGAAAAAACAUUUUCAACAUAUUAAUGGACAAGAAGUGUUUUCGAUGCACUUAUUUCCAGUAAAAAUACCGUACAGACCAUGUCUGCCUGUGUUUAGGUGUUUUUUUUUAAAUAUAGCAUCAGUGUUGCAGUAAAUAGUUUAUGUACCUAUUUUAUUUCAGCAUCUAUAAACUAUUAUUUUCAUAUUGUUAUCAGCCACACUGGCAGUGACGCAUCGUUUGUUCAUGUUAAACACUGUUGUAUUAUGUCAUAUAUUUAUGUUAUACAGAGUUACAUUUAUGGCAGAUGUUUUACAAUUCCAUAGGUGUUUGGCAUU